GCGCUGGGCGGGCCCGCCUCUAUAUAAGGGCGGCGCGGGGGCGGCGCGCCAGUAGCUCCAGCGUCCCGGUGCUGCUGCGUCGCGGAGGCCGUGCGGUUCUUCAGCCAAGAUGCCCGAGGAGACCCAGACCCAGGACCAGCCGAUGGAGGAGGAGGAGGUGGAGACGUUCGCCUUCCAGGCGGAAAUCGCCCAGUUGAUGUCCCUCAUCAUCAACACUUUCUACUCGAACAAAGAGAUCUUCCUGCGGGAGCUGAUUUCGAACUCGUCGGAUGCUCUGGACAAGAUCCGCUACGAAAGCCUGACCGACCCCAGCAAGCUGGACUCGGGGAAGGAGCUGCACAUCAACCUCAUCCCCAACAAGCAAGACCGAACCCUGACCAUCGUGGACACGGGCAUCGGCAUGACCAAGGCCGACCUGAUCAACAACCUGGGCACCAUCGCCAAGUCCGGCACCAAGGCCUUCAUGGAGGCGCUGCAGGCCGGCGCCGACAUCUCCAUGAUCGGCCAGUUCGGUGUCGGCUUCUACUCGGCGUACCUGGUGGCUGAGAAGGUGACGGUAAUCACCAAGCACAACGACGACGAGCAGUACGCCUGGGAGUCCUCGGCCGGGGGCUCGUUCACCGUGCGGACCGACGCAGGUGAGCCCAUGGGGCGCGGCACGAAGGUCAUCCUGCACCUGAAGGAGGACCAGACGGAGUACCUGGAGGAGCGGCGCAUCAAGGAGAUCGUCAAGAAGCACUCGCAGUUCAUCGGCUACCCCAUCACGCUGUUCGUGGAGAAGGAGCGCGACAAGGAGGUGAGCGACGACGAGGCCGAGGAGAAGGAGGACAAGGAGGAGGAGAAGGAGCGGGAGGACAAGGAGCCCGACGACAAGCCCGAGAUCGAGGACGUGGGCUCGGACGAGGAGGAGGAGGAGAAGAAGGACGGCGACAAGAAGAAGAAGAAGAAGAUCAAGGAGAAGUACAUCGACCAGGAGGAGCUCAACAAGACGAAGCCCAUAUGGACCAGGAACCCCGACGACAUCACCAACGAGGAGUACGGGGAGUUCUACAAGAGCCUGACCAACGACUGGGAGGACCACUUGGCCGUGAAGCACUUCUCGGUUGAGGGGCAGCUGGAGUUCAGAGCGCUGCUCUUCGUCCCAAGACGGGCCCCGUUUGACCUGUUUGAAAACCGGAAGAAGAAGAACAACAUCAAGUUGUACGUGCGCAGAGUCUUCAUCAUGGACAACUGCGAGGAGCUGAUCCCUGAAUACCUGAAUUUCAUUAGAGGGGUGGUGGACUCCGAGGAUCUCCCUCUGAAUAUCUCCCGUGAGAUGCUGCAACAAAGCAAAAUCCUGAAAGUUAUCAGGAAGAAUUUGGUCAAAAAGUGUCUAGAACUCUUCACGGAACUGGCAGAAGACAAAGAGAAUUACAAGAAGUUUUAUGAGCAGUUCUCUAAAAAUAUAAAGCUUGGGAUCCAUGAGGACUCCCAGAACCGGAAGAAGCUUUCUGAGCUGCUGAGAUACUACACGUCCGCCUCCGGCGAUGAGAUGGUUUCCCUCAAGGACUACUGCACCAGGAUGAAGGAGAACCAGAAGCACAUCUACUACAUCACAGGUGAGACCAAGGACCAGGUGGCGAACUCGGCCUUCGUGGAGCGCCUGCGGAAGCACGGCCUGGAGGUGAUCUACAUGAUCGAGCCCAUCGACGAGUACUGCGUGCAGCAGCUGAAGGAGUUCGAGGGCAAGACCCUCGUGUCCGUCACCAAGGAGGGCUUGGAGCUGCCGGAAGACGAGGAGGAGAAAAAGAAGCAGGAGGAGAAAAAGACGAAGUUUGAAAACCUCUGCAAAAUCAUGAAAGAUAUAUUGGAGAAAAAAGUGGAAAAGGUGGUGGUGUCAAACAGAUUGGUGACCUCUCCGUGCUGCAUCGUCACGAGCACCUACGGCUGGACGGCCAACAUGGAGAGGAUCAUGAAGGCCCAGGCCCUGAGAGACAACUCCACGAUGGGCUACAUGGCAGCGAAGAAGCACCUGGAGGUCAACCCUGACCACUCGAUCAUCGAGACCCUGAGGCAGAAGGCGGAGGCGGACAAGAACGACAAGUCCGUGAAGGACCUGGUCAUCCUGCUCUACGAGACCGCGCUCCUCUCCUCCGGCUUCAGUCUGGAGGACCCGCAGACACACGCCAACAGGAUCUACAGGAUGAUCAAGCUUGGCCUGGGUAUUGAUGAAGACGACCCCACUGCUGACGACACGGCCACAGCUGUGACCGAGGAGAUGCCGCCCCUGGAAGGCGACGACGACACCUCCCGCAUGGAGGAAGUGGACUAGCCGUGCGACCCUCGACCUGGGCACCCUCACUCCCUCUGAGAAUAUAUUUUCAAGGAUUUUUUUCUUUAUUUUUGUUAACAUUUUAAAAAAUCUGUAUGGCAUGACAACUACUUAAGGGGAAGAUAAGAUUUCUUUCUACUUGUGAUACUGUGAUGUUAGGCACAAGCAGAGUAGUGAUGCUUCUACUCCCACGUGGCUUGUGACAGAUGAGGUGACGCUUGCUGUGAGAUGUGUGUAGCCCAUCGUCAACGUCGUGGUCUGCAGUGUGUAGCUGUCAGCCGGAUUCCUUAGGAGACCAGAUCUGUCGCUGAAGUGGCCUGAGCUGUACCUUGGUGUUCAGUGGCUUUAGUUCACCUCCUACUUGUUAAGGCCCCUGUAGUUACCGACCCCGCAUGUGUUCGUCCUCUAGAAAUAGGCUAACCUGAACCAACUUGACGAGGAACUCUCCACAGGCUUGUUUUCCAAAGAAGCAUUGUUAAGGGGAACAAAAUUACAAACCUACCUGGGUGUGUUGUGACACUGUUGGAAAGUCACCGAGGUUUGUGGGUGGACUGUAGUGCCCAAGUCGUUUUUUUUUGCUUUAAAAGGUUGUGACAAAUACAGAUGCGUUGAAAAAUU